AUGAACAUUGACCCAACAUUAAGGCGUAAGGGAGAGAUUCCCACGAUUUCAAGUUAUACCCAAGGAUCCGGGCCCUCCGCGGUCCAAAGAACUGCGCGAGUUGGGGGUGGGGUGGGAGGGGACAGUCGCCUCGAGGCCGCCAGCAAUGCARGCUCUUCCCAGCCAGACCUGCACGUCCGAGGCCGAAAUGCCUGGGGCUCUUCCUGCAGCACCCGGUGCGGCCAACCCUCGCUUCCCCAGGGCAGGGCUCAGCUCAGGUCAAAGCGACCAGCCAAGUCAGGCCCGGACCCGGCCGGCUCAGCCCGCCGGUCCGCAGCAGCCCCUGGACCCCCGCCAGCGGGGAUGGGCGUGGGCCCCUGCGGCCACCGCCCCGGCCGAGCGGACUCCGGAGGAGAGAGUGAGCCCCACCCGCUACGGCAGCCCCGGACUUACCUGCAGGGGAGAGCGGGGCUCCUGGACAGCGGCCACGGGCCCGAGGGCAGGAGCCGAGGCGGCCAGAGCACGUCCCAGGGGCCCCGAGUGUCCCAGGUGGCGCAGGGCGGGGAGAGAGGCCGGUGGGCUGCCGCGGGCCGGCGCGGCCCGUCGCAGGGGUCGCGAGGACCUGGCUCUCCCCUUAGCACCAGGCCGCCGCCGCYGCCGCCGCCAUUUUGCCUUCGACUCCGUGUCGCCGCGGCCGCACUCCGCUGCGAUUUACCGGAUGUGCGCAUUUCCCGGCGUCGCUUGCGCGGGGGCCGAGGACUGGGGGCUUCUGACUGCCGGGCCGCGGGGAGAGAGCGCGCCGCCUGCGGCCUCUCUGCUCGGGCCGGUGGCCCGCCGCCCAGCGCGUGGGUGAGCGUCGCCCCACUACGCUCCGCCUGCCGCGCCCGCUGGACCCGCUCGCGAGCGCGGCCCGAAGGCUCCCCGCCCGAGCUUGCUCGGCGUACGCAGUCGCUCCUUCAGCCAUUCGAGCUGUGCAUCCGGACGGAGAGAAGGGAGUCGCGUCCCCAGAAGCUCAAUUCUCUGGAAGCGGCCGGGAAUGGCGCUCGGAAACCUCGCUGUGGACAUGAGGAUUGGAGAUCCGAGGGCUUAAAUAAAAUCYGAUUCUUGUCUAGUGAGCUUCGAGCACGUGUGUUUUCUGAACCAGCCAGACAAUGUCGCCAACCACGACCGACCGGAUUGUUUUGGAUCUUACCCAUAAACUGAAACUCUUGUCACAAUGCUGCAUCAAUUAGAGCUGUCCAAAUGAGAAGCUGCACAGUGAAAUGGGAAACUUUUUUUUGUACUGGGCAAAAAAAGACGCCUGUAAUCCCAGCAUGCACUGUA